AUGAGUUUCCCCCCGCGCGUCAACCUCCUCGAGAUGAUGGCUCAGCAACUGCUUCCCCAGCUUGCGCCCGAUUUGAUAGAUCCGGCUUCAAUGUCUGGGGAUGAGCCAACCAAACAAGCUAGAAUUGCUUUGGAUAAUCUGAACGCUGCGCUGGCCGCGAAUGAGACUUACGGGUUCUUCUCUCAAGUCCGUGAUCAUCAUCGGUUCCGCCAACACAGCCUUCGACGUUCCCGAAAACUGACUUUCCGCAGGACUACAAACGACGAUGAACACUAUGUCUGUAAUUCAAUCGGUCUAGGCGCUUAUGAUGCAGGUGUUGAGUUCGCAGACAAUCUCUUCAUGACGCUACCGUCAUCCGUGGACGCCCAGCUAGCUCGCAAUCUUCUUGCGCAUUUCGCAUCACUGGAGCUAGAUCUCUUCAAAGGAUUGGCAGCAGCUGACUGCCCCGCUCUUGAUAGUAACAAUCCUAACUGUCCGUUGGUGCAGAACCUGAUCGAACGUGGUGGCGGCCACUAUGUCGACGUGGGCGGCACUAAGCUGACCGGAAUGAUGAAUGAGCCGUUUCUUUUUUCGCUGUUUUGUUAUGCGUUGGAUGCUGGCCAAGUACUAUAA